AUGGUCCCAAAUCCCAAGUCGCGUGUAUCGUAUUUUUACGAUACCGACGUCGGGAACUACCAUUAUGGUCCCGGGCAUCCCAUGAAGCCACAUCGCAUGCGAAUGACACAUAACCUUAUUCUCAAUUAUGGGCUGGACAAGAAGCUGGACGUUCUGAAACCAAGACGCGCAACGGCAAAAGAAAUGGCACGAAUCCACACCGAUGAAUACGUCGACUUCCUCUGGCGCGUAACACCGGACACCAUGGACAAAUUCGUCGCACACCAAUCCAAAUUCAACGUCGGAGAAGAUUGUCCCGUGUUCGAGGGUCUAUCAGAGUUUUGUUCAAUUUCGGCUGGAGGAUCGAUCGGUGCGGCACAGAAGCUGAAUUGCGGUGAUUCGGAUAUUGCGAUUAAUUGGUCGGGAGGACUGCAUCACGCGAAGAAGAGGGAAGCUUCGGGGUUCUGUUAUGUCAAUGAUAUCGCGCUGGCGAUCAUGGAGCUGCUAAAAUACCAUCAGCGCGUGCUAUACAUCGACAUUGAUGUCCACCACGGCGACGGUGUCGAAGAACUCUUCUACACGACCGACCGCGUAAUGACCGUGUCCUUCCACAAGUACGGCGACUACUUCCCCGGCACCGGCGAACUCGGCGACAUUGGCCAAGGCAAAGGCAAACACUACGCCGUAAACGUCCCCUUACGCCAAGGCAUCGACGACGAGACAUACGCAUCAAUAUUCGAGCCUACGAUUCAGGCUGUGAUGGAUUGGUAUCGACCGACGGCGAUCGUGUUACAGUGUGGUGCAGAUAGUUUGAGUGGGGAUCGGUUGGGGUGUUUUAACUUGAGUCAUAAGGGGCAUGCCAAUUGUGUGAAGUUUGUGAAGAAGUUUAAUGUGCCAUUGGUGAUUGUGGGUGGUGGUGGAUACACAAUCAGAAACGUGUGCCGAGCAUGGACAUACGAGACUGGUUUGCUGGUUGGUGAACAACUCGACCCAGAAUUGCCUUAUAACGACUACUUUGACUACUUUGGCCCUGAUUACCGACUGGAGGUCCCAAGCUCAAAUAUGGAGAACGGCAACACUCCCGCAUAUCUGGAAAAGAUCCGUCUUCAAGUACUGCAAAACCUCAGUAACACCAAGUUCGCGCCGAGUGUCCAGAUGCAGGACGUCCCGCCAGACUUCUUUUCAAGAGACGACGAGGAUGAGGAUGAUAUCAUCAAUCCGGACAGUAGACCCCGGGAUUGUCGUGAGCUUUGGGAAUAA